CCGGGCGUCGGAAGAUAUUUACUGAUGGACACUUUUCCGAUACAGGAUAUUGCAGCAUGAAGAAGGAGCAAGUGGUCAACUGUCAGUUCUCGGUUUGGUAUCCGAUCUUCAAGAAACACACCAUCAGAAGCUUGAUUCUGCCACUGCCUCAGAAUGUAAUAGAUUACUUGCUGGACGAUGGGACAUUGGUAGUCUCUGGGAGUGACCACAACACACAGCAGACACACACUUACAACAGCGACUCCAAUGCAGAGGAAGACAUUCAGUGGUCAGAUGAUGAGACAACCACCACGGUCACUGCUCCAGAGUUCCCAGAAUUUAACUCUAAAGUGCUGGAGGCCAUAAACGCUCUGGGUGGACGCGUCUUUCCCAAACUCAACUGGAGCGCUCCGCGGGAUGCUAACUGGAUUGCUCUGAACAGUUCCCUGCAGUGUAACAGCCUCAGUGAUAUAUUCCUGCUCUUCAAAAGUUCCGACUUCAUCACCCACGACCUCACUCAGCCAUUCCUUGUAUGCAGUGACCAGGACUCCCCAGAUCCGGUCAUAAACUAUGAGCUGGUCCUGAGGAAGUGGAGCGAGCUGAUUCCCGGUGGAGAGUUUCGCUGCUUCGUCAAAGAAAACAAACUGAUUGCGAUCUCCCAGAGAGACUACACUCAGUACUACCAGCACAUCUUGAAGCAGGAGGAGCAGAUCUGUCACGCCAUACAAGAAUUCUUCAGCCAGCACAUCCAGUACAAGUUCCCGGACGAAGACUUUGUGUUUGAUGUCUACAGAGACAGCCAGGGAAGGGUGUGGCUCAUCGACCUGAACCCGUUCGGAGAGGUGACCGACUCCCUGCUGUUCACCUGGGAGGAGCUGACGUCCAGCGGGGAGAUCAGCCAGCAGCAGGACGGCCCGGCGUUUCGCUACACCACCAGCGAGGUGACGGUGCAGCCCAGUCCCUGUCUGAGCUAUAGAAUCCCGAGAGACUUUGUUGACCUCUCCGCCGGAGAAGACGCCUACAAGCUCAUCGACUUCCUCAAACUCAAGAAGAGCCAACAGGAAGACUCUGAGGAGGAGGAGGAGGAGGAGGAGGAGGAGGAGAGCGCUCCACAGUGACACGGCUCCUGUGAAACCUGAAGAAUAGCUGCUAGUGUCAACCCUCCCCCCCAUAUAAUGUUUCCUGCAUGAAGUGACUCUUAACCCUCUGUCCUGUCUUCAAGCUCAUUUUGUUUUAUAUUAGUCUGUUCCCUCUCUCUCUCUCUUCUGUGAGCGGUACGCGGCGUACCCAGGGCUCUCUCGAACAGCUCGCGUGUCAGUCAAACGGAACAUGUUAAAUUAGCGAGAUCACGUUAACGGCUCUUCGAGGAGUCAUUUUCCGCGGAGCUGUUCUCCGCCUGUGAUGUUGCCGAGCGCCGCCUCGCUGAUGGUAAUGGCCCUGUGAGGGGAUGGAGGCCUCUGCAGUCGGCUGUUGGAGAAUGAUUUGUUUUUUUUUCAAGGAGAGGGAAAUUGUGUUACUGCAAAGUGGAUGUGCUCACCAACACUGUAAAGAACGGCUGCUUUUCUAUAAGUGUGUAUAAUAGUUAAAACUCCUGUGUGUGUGUGUGUGUGUUUGUGUUCAAAGGCUGUGACGAGCUUCUUUAUUUAACACUAAGUCACCUUUUAUUUUUUCUCCGCACAGCCAUCCCAGCUACUCCAUCUCUCCUCUGAGCCGCUCUGACACACUCGUUGCUCGGAGCCGCUCCGGGCACUCUUUCUGAAUCCUGUUUUUUUUUUCCCCCACCAUGCAUCGCUGUAGACUGUCGGACCAAAAAAAAAAACACCAUUAAACUUCUUGUCGUGUAUCGGCUCGGCUGUCAGUCUGGUGGGUGCUGUAAAACCAGCACAUUAGAAAUUGAUCGUGCUUUUUACGUAACGGCUCUCAUUACGCCCAGGAGCUAAAUGAGCUGUGCAUGCAACGACACAAGGCACUCCAUUUUGGUGUUGUUGUUUUGUUUUUUUCAUUCACUGGAUUGAUAGAGCAAUUACAGGGAGAUGGAAAGAGCCGGUGUGAUGAGAGUUACAGCUCCCUGGGUGAAACGCUGCGGACGGGAAGCAGUGUACAAGGUGCAUAUUGUGGGGAAUGUUGCACAUUAAUCAGCGUUAUGAAAAUGAAAGCUAGAUGAACAUGUAACAUCCAGACAUGGAGGAGGAGGCCUGGUUUGACCUGCACUCGAUAUCUGUCUCUAUUCGGUAAUCAACGAUAGGCUAAUGUAACCAAUAUGAGAGAAUAUCAUGUAGCCUGCUUUGGUUUCUUUAAAGCUUUACAAGCACUUACUAGUUUAUUAGGUACACCUAGCUGAAACUAAAGCAGUUCAUUACAAUAAUAAUCCAUAAAUGUGGCCAUUGAGAGUUGUCUCUGUUAAGCAGAGUGGUUGCAUUAGAUUGCAUUAGUUUUAGCUAAGUGUGUCUAAUAAACUGGCAAACAAGUG